UUGGUGCUUUUAGUGGUCAUGCGGACUAUGUGGACAUCACCACAGAUUGAAUGUUCUUGUAUUGUGUAAUAUUAAUUUGUAAACUCUCUGUAAUUUGGUAUAAUGUGGCCCUUAUCACAGGUUGUUGUUAAUGAUGAAAAUCUAGACAUCAUCGUAGAUUGGCAGGUUCAUGCGUGUACUUUUGGUAAUGUUAAUUUGAUGUACUUUUGGUAAUGUUAAUUUGAUGUACUCUUGUCAUUUUCAUUUUCAUUACCCUCCACCACCAACCCUGACAUUACUCUCAACCACCAGCCCCAACCACUCUUCUACCAUCCACCAGUACACCUUAAAUGUUUUGACCGCACUCCUGAGCUAUAAAUAUCUGUUGUGUCUUGCCUCUUCUUCUUACUCUUCAUUCCUCAUCUUCCUGUCUAUUGUGUCUUGCCUCUUCUUCUUACUCCUCAUUCUACACAAUGGAACAAGACCCAAAUCCAUUCCUCCGCCAUUGCAAAGGUCAAAGCAACAACUCUGGCAGCUCUCGUCCUCUCAUUCCUGGCCCGGCUGGCGCCAUCCAGGCUGCCAUGUAUGCCCGUAGAUCCACCCCUAACACACCACUCAUUCCGACCCAGGAAAUCGUGAGGCGUGUGCUAGAUCAUGGAUCAACCGAAACCGAUCCUGAUUUCAACUCACAUGCUUGGCUAUCAGCCCUGCAAGAGUGGGGAAUAGCCACUCCGCUGGGCUCUCUGACAGCGAACGUUGAGAGGGUGGAGAAUGUUGUUGUUGUUAUCAAAUCUUGCACUCCCAAUGGGUUUGGAGAUGCGAAAGUUACCCUCAAGGACCCCACGGGUGCUGUUGAUGCUAGCAUCCACCGCAAGGCCUUUACUCACAGUGAAUUUGCGAAUGACAUAACUGUUAGAUCUGUUCUCGUUCUCCAAAAGGUCUGA